AUGGUGACCGGCGUCUGUCUCCUCAUGAUGAUGAUCGUCAGCGGUCCUUUCUACGGAUUUGGAGAGUACACGUAUCUCAGAGGGUACUUGAAUGUGAUUGUAUCCACCAACUUAUCGCUGCCCCUGCAUGCGAGCCAUCCGGAACACCAACGCGUGAAGCUUGAGAAUCUCCACCAGCUGUUCAGUCACCUGCAACGCUCAUCCUACUCAUCUGCUGACACAAACCUCCUAACCAUUAUUGCAAAGCAUCUACACGACACGUAUGACGUCAUUGUCAGCAAGGCGUCGUGGCUACCGCACGGCAUCAGCUUCUAUAUUAGGUCCAAGAACAGCGAUACCUUCCAGCAUUUUAUCGACCACUACAGGGACAGACUUAUCUUGAACAAUGUAACAAAGCUUAGUUUCAUAAACGACAUGGCGAGGUCUUUGAACAUAAGCGCAACUGCGGUUACAGCAAAUAUUACUAAUGAAAGUUAUGAAAUAUAUCGACAGACAUAUUUGCCAAUACAAGAUUUGGGAAUAUGUGCUGCCGAUAUGAGUACUCCAAACCAAUAUUCGAGUGUAUGGAACGGAUUCCUUACCAUCUUCAUACUCAUUUUGCCCUACGGUCUCGCACUAACAGGACUGUGUAUAAUCUAUUGUCGCGGUCCUGAGCUAAGCGGAUUAGAUGUAGAGAGGAAUUACCUGCGCCGACGCAUCCUGUUCCUGCGCACUAUGAGUCAUCGUGAAGCAUGGUUUGUCAGAAGCAGCAACAUUGAGAGGUUCAGCGACUUCUUGAAUCGUUGUGGUCCACACAUCACUUUGGCUGAGGUUGGCAUGUAA